UAAAUGCAAAUGCCUGCCACUACCGCACUCAGCAUAGAAACUUGUACUGAGAGAUGGGCAAGUGUCAUAUCGGAAACGACGUCGGAUCGGUGGUCCUUGACCGCCCCGCCUCCGCCGCCGCCUCCCACGGCGGUUACAGUCAUCUCAAGCUCUGGUCAACCUCAUUCCGCCGCCUGAUCCUCGACGCCGUACGUUGCGGCGGCGGCGGCGGCGGCGGAGGAGCUGCGCGGCACAAGCAUGGCGAUGCUGCUUCCAAAUCCACUAUGGAGCGGAAGCCUAGCCGCCGCCAUCAGAGUCAAAGAUCUGAAUGCGGAUCAAAAUUUUCCGGAUCCGACAAGCUCUCGGACCUUCUCCGGCUGUCGGAGAACUCGGAGCAGGAGGAGGAAACGGAGGAGGUGCGGCGGAAGGUGGAGGCGCUGGAGCGGUUGAAGGGCGUGACGAAGCGGCUGCAGAGCAGCGAGGCCGACGGCGUAUUGGAGGGAGCCAAGGAGGUCCGAAUGCUGACCAAGGACGAUUCUCAGGCCCGAGCAACGCUCGCUCUGCUCGGAGCCAUUCCGCCGCUGGUGGCGCUGCUCGACGCCGGCGACCCCGCCUCCCACAUUGCCGCCCUCUACGCUCUGCUCAAUCUCGCCAUCGGCAAUGACGCAAACAAAGCCGCAAUCGUGAAGGCGGGGGCUGUUCAUAAGAUGCUAAUGUUAAUUGAAUCUCCAAAUGGUUUCCCAGAACCAGCUGUGGUUGAAGCCAUUGUUGCCAAUUUUCUUGGUCUGAGUGCUCUGGAUGCAAACAAACCCAUCAUCGGUUCCUCGGGUGCGAUUUCCUUCUUGUUGAAAAUUCUCAAAGAUUUGGACGAAUCACAUGGUUAUCAAGCCAGACUGGACUCACUCCGAGCACUGUACAAUCUUUCAAUCUCACCUUCGAACAUUUUCCAAAUCCUGGAGACUGAUCUGGUGCCGUUUCUCAUGAGCAAGUUGGGAGACAUGGAAGUAAGCGAUAGGAUCCUUUCUAUUCUUAGCAAUAUAGUGCCCAUCGGAGAAGGGCGAAAGGCGAUUCGUGUAGUUCCUGAUGCAUUUCCGAUGCUGGUUGAUGUGUUGAACUGGACGGAUUCACCAGGGUGCCAAGAGAAGGCAUCUUACAUUUUAAUGGUAAUGGCGCACAAGUCAUAUGCAGAUCGACAAGCCAUGCUCGAAACAGGAAUCGUUUCCUCCUUGCUUGAAUUAACGCUUCUAGGCAGCACAUUGGCGCAGAAAAGGGCUUCGAGGUUGUUGGAAUGCUUGAGGGUUGACAAAGGAAAGCAAGUAUCGGAAAGCUUUGGAGACGUGAGUGCAACGUUAUCUGCCCCGCAAUCAUCCGCGUGUUCAAGUCGUCAACUAAGGGACACGUUAGAGGAGGAAAACAGUAUGAUGAGCGAAGAGAAAAAAGCGGUGAAGCAAUUAGUUCAACAGAGCUUGCAGCAUAACAUGAAGAAAAUGGUGAAGAGGGCUAAUCUGCCACAGGACUUUGUUCCUUCUGAUCAUUUCAAGACCCUCACUUCAAGCUCAACAUCAAAGAGCUUGCCGUUUUGAUAGAGUUUGAGGCGUUUUCGGAGUGCAUUGCUCCCUAGUGUAGAUGUCUAGUGGAUCAAAGGUAUGUUUUGUCUUUGUCUGCCUGGAACCAUAUAGUCAUUUGUGCAAACUAGGCAUGGCUAUAUAUAUAUAUGUAUAUUGUAAAGUUUAAGCUAAUAAUGAUAUUUCUUAGUUUGUUUUUGUC